GACGUGUUGGCUGUAUUUGUCUCUCAGGCAUCUGUGGCUCCUGUGCAAUGAACAUCAAUGGAGGCAACACUCUAGCUUGCACCCGGAGGAUUGACACCAACCUCAACAAAGUCUCAAAAAUCUACCCUCUUCCACAUAUGUAUGUGAUAAAGGAUCUGGUUCCUGAUUUGAGCAACUUCUAUGCUCAGUACAAAUCCAUCGAGCCUUAUUUGAAGAAGAAGGAUGAAUCCCAGGAAGGCAAGCAGCAGUACCUGCAGUCCAUAGAAGAUCGAGACAAACUGGAUGGGCUGUACGAGUGCAUCCUCUGUGCCUGCUGCAGCACCAGCUGCCCCAGCUACUGGUGGAAUGGAGACAAAUACUUGGGACCUGCGGUGCUCAUGCAGGCCUAUCGCUGGAUGAUCGACUCCAGAGACGAGUUCACGGAGGAGCGCCUGGCCAAGCUGCAGGACCCCUUCUCUCUCUACCGCUGCCACACCAUCAUGAACUGCACCAAGACCUGUCCCAAGGGGCUGAAUCCAGGGAAAGCUAUUGCUGAAAUCAAGAAAAUGAUGGCAACCUACAAGGAAAAGAAAGCUUCCGCUUAACUCUUCUCAUGCUAACCAUGACCUGUAACCAGCUCAGCUGGACAUAAUUUAUAUCUAAUUUGAGUUUCCAUGAUUACAGCAUGUAAAAUAAAGUUUUAAGAAAAAAAUAAA